UCCAAUCAAAAGAUAGGGGAAGAUAUAGGAAUCUAAAGGGUCAAGUAUCAGUUAAUGUACUUGGGGUGUGCGAUAGAAAUAUGAACUUCGUCUACAUGCUUUGUGGCUGGAAGGGGCCUGCUGCUGAUAAUCGAGUACUAAAAGGUAAAAUCACUAGGGCAAAUUCUCUCCGAGUCCCGAACG